UGAGAAAAAUAAUAAAUAAGUGAAAAAAGUUUUUUUUUUUUUUUAAUUUUUAAUUGUCGGUGGAAAGUUGAAAUCUUGGAGAGUAAAUAAUCAAUCACUUGGAAUACCAAAGGGAUCUUUAUACUUAUCAUGAUUAUCAAAAAAACACAUGCUUUCAAGAUUUCCCAUUUCAAGAUUUCAAACCCUUUUCUUUCUUCUUGAUCUCUGUUGUUCUAGAGAGAGAAAGUGAGGAGAGAGAGAGAGAAUCUUGAAAGUCUUGGUUGUUGUUUUGAGUCUUUGACCCAACUGGGUCCAAGAAUCUGCAGGUAUUUUGAUGAUUCAUGGUGGCGAAAAGCGGAACAUUUAGUCUCUAAGAAGCUGUAUCUAUUAUUUGUGAAUCUUUAUCGUUAUAAUAUAUAUAUAUCAAGAGUUCAAAAAAUUUUAAGUAGAAGUCAAGUCGCGACAAGUAUUUUGUAACCAUGGGGUGUGAUUUUUCUAAACUGUGCUCGUGUUGCGGUACCGUACAAGAUGGAGUGGUAGCCGAACCUGGUAAUGCUGAAAAUGAGUUGGGUGAAGCAAGUGAUCUGCCAGCAUUUCGUGAGUUCUCUAUCGAACAAUUAAGAACCGCUACAUCUGGUUUCGCUGUUGAAAAUAUCGUCUCCGAACACGGGGAGAAAGCCCCUAAUGUGGUGUACAAAGGGAAGUUGGCAAACCAAAGGCGAAUUGCUGUCAAACGGUUUAAUAGAUCUGCCUGGCCUGACUCGAGGCAGUUUUUGGAAGAAGCAAGGGCAGUUGGUCAGCUUCGAAACCCAAGAUUAGCCAAUCUGCUCGGUUGUUGUUGUGAAGGCGAUGAAAGAUUACUAGUUGCUGAAUUUAUGCCACACGAGACCCUUGCAAAACACCUAUUUCAUUGGGAAACACAGCCUAUGCAAUGGGCAAUGCGAUUACGGGUAGCUUUAUAUCUUGCGGAAGCUCUAGAAUAUUGUACUAGCAGAGGACGUGCUCUUUACCAUGAUCUUAACGCUUAUAGAGUUGUCUUUGAUGAUGAUGCAAAUCCAAGACUUUCUUGCUUUGGGUUGAUGAAGAACAGUAGGGACGGAAAAAGUUAUAGUACAAAUUUAGCUUUUACUCCACCUGAAUAUUUGAGAACAGGAAGGGUAACACCAGAAAGUGUGAUGUACAGUUUCGGAACCCUCUUGCUUGACCUUCUUAGCGGGAAACAUAUUCCACCUAGCCAUGCCCUUGAUCUAAUAAGAGACAGAAACCUUCAAAUGCUCACCGACUCUUGCUUAGAAGGUCAGUUUUCUACUGAUGAUGGAACCGAAUUAGUACGGUUAGCUUCAAGAUGCUUGCAAUAUGAGCCACGUGAGCGCCCAAAUCCAAGAUCAUUGGUUUCCGCUUUAGUUCCUCUACAAAAAGAAACCGAGGUGCCAUCUCAUGUGUUAAUGGGUAUCCCACAAGGGUCCACCAUGCCUCUAACGGCUCUCGGAGAAGCUUGUUUAAGAAUGGAUUUGACAUUUAUACAUGAUGUUUUGGAAAAGUUGGGGUACAAAGACGAUGAGGGCGCUGCAACCGAGUUGUCGUUCGGGAUGUGGACUAAUCAAAUACACGACACCUUGAACUCCAAGAAGAAAGGGGACUCUGCUUUUCGUCAUAAAGAGUUCAAAGCUGCAAUUGACUUUUAUACACAGUUCAUUGAAGUGGGAACCAUGGUCUCUCCAACAGUGUUUGCGCGUCGAAGUUUAUCACAUUUAAUGAGCGACAUUCCGCAAGAAGCACUCAAUGACGCUGUACAAGCACAAGUAAUCUCGCCGAUUUGGCAUAUUGCAUCCUACUUACAAGCGGCAGCUUUAUUUGCACUGGGGAGGGAAAACGAAGCACAGAUCGCACUCAGAGAAGGCACUGUUCUUGAAGAGAAACAUAACGCCGCUUGACAACUAUACACCAAAUUAUUACAGUUUAAUGGGAGAAAAAGGGUCUGAUAUGUUUGUUUUUUUUUAUGAACCAUUCUUUGUGAAAGUUUUUUUUUUUUUUGUUGGUAAAAUUGGUUUUUGGUUGAUUUGUUUCUGUUUUAUUAGUUAGGGGAUGGUGUAAAAUGACAUGUUUACUUUUGUUUAUGAGGGGAAGUAGUCACCUUUUGUUUUAUUUUCAUGUUAAUACAAAGUAUUUGGUGGAUUGGAAUGGAUUUUAUUUAUGUUGGUGGU